CCUCCACCAACCUCCACCUCGAACUUUUCCUAUUUGCCUAACCAACAUUUGAUCUUUGCCUCGUCCCACAGUAACAUUCUGAGCUUCAACUUUCUUCAGAAACACGAUGUCAUCGAGAAAAGCGAUCUCUGAAAAACGCGCAAUUGUUGACGACCCUCCGGCUACUGGAAGUUUUGACACAGAAAUUCGUUGGAAUGGCUGCAGAACCUCCAAUGGCACGCGUCAAAAUGGUUCAUUAUCACGCCAAUCCGAGUCCCGCAAGAGGAUGAUAUCAAAACAUCAGCACACGUACACGAUCACCCUCGGCGAGGUAACAGCCAAUCUUGCCAAAUUUCGGAGUGCUUGGGAGGUGGCUAGAGCGAUGCGUGACUCGUUGGAAGCUCAUCACGAUCUCUACGUUCAUGCAAACAUCGUCCAUGGGUACAUCAACUUUGAUACAAUGUCAAUCGUUGAAGAUACGAAGCGGGGAGCUCUGAAAGAUUGGGAUAUGCCACUUUCGAAAUUACAUAUUGACAUAAGUGGACCUGUUGAUGAGCUAUUUUCUGAAGGGAAACGUAAAGGUAAGGAAGUCGAUCGUGAUCUUUUGAUGGAGCGGGUCCAAGGGGGAUUGGCAACACUGAACGAGCAAAGCCUGUCGUUGAUGCGAGAACAAGGAAUACCGACGGCGGAUCCCGACAUCGAUAGAGGGGAACAGCUCAGGAGGCCUAUGGUGCGCAAGCCACCAGGAUUUGCUUUGGAUUCGCUCUCAAGCGCGUCCGAGGACGGGCUGCUGGAAUACUGAAUUGAGUCCUUGCUUCUCGAUAUCCCAACGGCGGCUCCGCAAGGCAAAGUGGACCCAGCUAUCCGUCAAACCGCCUUCGUUCUUCGAGUGCUCCAAAAUUACGUAGGGUAUGCGGAUUUCGAGUGAUGGUUUUGAGGAUAAAUGUAAGGACUCUGAAUUAUAAGAUACUAUUAGGUUACAUCUAGUGGAGGAAGGAUUUGAUGCUAAUACUAUUGAAGAAGAGC